UUCUUUCUGUUUUUCCUGCUUUCAUCACCAUGUAGUUCUUUUUUGUUAAGUGAAAAGGCUGCGACAGAAUUGUGGUUGAAGUAGCUGCAUUGAAAGCACAGCACCCCUAGUGUUAGUUUUCAAAACCUUAAGGCUUUUGUUAAUCAUGGCUGAGGAUGGUGUGCUGCCUCCCCCUGAGAGAAAGUGGAGAAUACCACUCUUUGCCAUGUUCAACGAUGCCAGGCUUGUUUUCAAGAAGGAUGCGCUCGGGAUGGAGAUACUACACAUUGCAUUACCUGCAGCCAUGGCAUUAGCUGCUGAUCCAAUUGCUUCUCUGAUUGACACUGCGUUCAUUGGCCGUUUAGGUCCGGUGGAGAUUGCAGCCGUGGGUGUUUCGAUUGCCAUUUUCAAUCAAGCCUCAAAGAUUACUAUAUUCCCACUUGUUAGUAUUACAACUUCUUUUGUUGCCGAGGAAGAUACUGUUGAAAGAUUAAACAGUAAAGUGCCAAAAGAUGAAGACUUGGAAAAGGGUUCAUCCAAGGACAACGAAUGCAAGGAAUUGAUGCCAGAAGAUGCUAAUACAGAGAACUUGCAAAAGAACAAUGAAACCAAAGAGUCGAUGACAGAUGAUAAUGUCAAAACAACUGAAUACAAGUCCCCAACUGUUACAAGCAACAAUCCAAAGAAGAUGAAACUCAAGAAAGUGAAGCGAAAUAUCCCUUCUGCAUCAACCGCCCUUGUUAUUGGUGGUGUGCUUGGCAUCCUCCAAACCAUGUUCCUCAUAUUUCUUGCAAAACCAAUUCUAAGCUUCAUGGGUGUCAAAUCUGGAUCCCCUAUGCUAAGUCCAGCGCAAAAGUAUUUGACACUACGAUCACUAGGCGCUCCUGCAGUUCUUCUCUCUUUGGCCAUGCAAGGGGUCUUUCGAGGUUUUAAGGAUACCAAAACUCCUCUGCUUGCCACUGUUGUGGGAGACCUGAUGAAUAUAAUUUUGGACGCUAUCUUUAUAUUUCCAUUGCGUAUGGGAGUCAGUGGUGCAGCUAUUGCCCAUGUUCUCUCUCAGUACUUGAUUUCUUUGAUCCUUUUGAUCAAAUUGAUGAAGAAAGUUGACCUAUUGCCUCCGAGUGUUAAAGAUUUGCAGUUCAGUCGAUUUCUCAAAAAUGGUUUCCUGUUACUAGCAAGGGUAAUAGCUGUGACAUUCUGUGUUACAUUGGCUGCAUCAAUGGCUGCAAGGCUGGGCUCAACACCUAUGGCUGCAUUUCAAGUUUGCUUACAGGUCUGGAUGACUUCAUCGCUUCUUGCUGAUGGCCUGGCUGUUGCUGGACAGGCAAUCCUUGCUUGUGCAUUUGCUGAGAAGGACUAUGCUAAAGCAACAGCUGCUGCAUCCCGCGUAUUACAGAUGAGUUUUGUGCUAGGCCUGGGACUCGCGGGCGUUGUUGGACUUGGUUUACAAUUUGGAUCAGGAAUUUUUUCGAAGGAUAAAGCUGUUAUACACCUAAUACAUAUGGGCAUUCCGUUUGUUGCAGCUACACAACCGAUCAAUUCCUUGGCCUUCGUUUUUGAUGGUGUUAACUUUGGAGCAUCUGACUUUGCAUAUACUGCAUACUCCAUGGUUCUGGUGGGAGCAGUGAGCAUUGGAUCCUUGUUUGUUCUCUCUAAAGCCAAUGGUUUUGUUGGAAUAUGGAUUGCUUUAACCAUUUAUAUGGUUCUUCGCGCAUUUGCUGGUAUUGGCAGGAUGGGAACCGGGACAGGACCUUGGCGGUUUCUCAGGGGUCGAUCGAUGGAAUAGAAUGUGAAUUUCUUCGGAUUUCUUUGACCUAUUGAUAUACUAUUCUCCCUUUUUUCCCUUUCUUUUUGUUGUAGCCCGUCCGCCGACAGAGGUUUUUUUUUUCUUUGCCUAUAAAAUAAAUGGACCUCUAUAUCUUGUUUUUAUUUCUUGUACUUUGAAUUCAUAUCCUUCAUGUAUAUGUAGGUGCUAGAAUUCACUUUGUGUAGAAGUUCUAUGAGAUGGUUAUGGAACUUAUUAUAUCUAUAUAAUAAAG